AUGAGGCUCCUCAAUGUCAAGACCUUCGAAUUCGCCGAGUUUCCCAAUCACACCAGGCCGAAAUACGCCAUUCUCUCCCAUCGGUGGGUCGCCGGAUUCGAAGCGACCAUCAAAGACGUCCAAAAGAGACGUAACACGGAUGGACUCGGUUUUAGGAAAGUGAAAGAGUUCGCAGAGUACGCGAGGAAGCAUCUAUCGGUAGAAUGGAUAUGGAUCGAUACGUGCUGCAUCAACCAGGAGAAUGCCGCGGAGCUCUCAGAAGCUGUCAACCUGAUGUUCGAGUGGUAUUUCAAUGCCGAGAUCUGCGUCGCGUACCUCAAGGAUGUCGAGUCGGUUGACGACAGUGAGGAAUUCCAGCAGAGUGAGUGGUUCCGUAGGGGUUGGACUUUGCAAGAGCUAUUGGCGCCGCCAAUAGUCGUUUUCGUGACCAAGACGUGGGAAGUCAUCGGCAACAAGGGCGCGAUGGCUCAUGUGGAAAGAAUCCAUACCACUCCGAUUGGACCUUCUCUCGAGGAGAGAAUUGCCAAGAUCACACAGAUUUCAGAGCAAAUACUCAAUGACUAUCGCGCCAGCCUAAGUUGUAGCGUUGACGAGCGACUGCAAUGGAUGGAAUGCCGGAUAACAACCCGGGAGGAAGACAAGUACUAUGCUCUCUACGGCAUUUUUGGAGUGACGCCGGGUGCAAAUUAUGGUGAAGGACAGGACGGGGCAAGACGUCGGCUCAUGGCCGCCAUCCGUCAACAAGAAGAUUCUGCUGCACAGCAUCGAGAACGCCUCGAAAACAUCAGCCGCUGGCUCAAACCGCCUGACCCGUUUACAAACCACAUGUCUGCUCGCCAGCGGCACGAGCCCCAGACAGGCGCUUGGCUGUUGAACUCCCGCCCAUACAAAAUGUGGAAAGCGGGCUCGAUCAAGUGUCUCUGGAUCCACGGGAAGGCAGGUUGUGGCAAGACGGUCUUGUCUUCGACAGCCAUCGAAGACAUCAAGAUGCAAUGCAAUAGCUCCUCGAAUGCAGUACAAGCGUUCUUCUACUUCUCUUUCUCGGACAGCGAGAAGCAGUCGUAUGGCAGCCUGCUGCGCUCGCUGCUUAUGCAGCUUGGCACCAAACAGCCGGCUUUGUCGACACUGUACGAAGCCUACACAAAGUGCAGGCAAAUCCUGCCAGGAGAUGAGGAAUUGGAAGCUCUUCUGCUCUCCUGUUCUGCACUGCACAAUGAGAUAUUCGUUCACCUAGAUGCACUCGACGAGUGUCCCGAAGGUCACGACGUGCGGCAACAGCUCUUGAACAGCAUAGAACGACUCCUGAACAACGCACCGAAUCUGCGUAUCCUCGUGACGAGCCAAGAUAUCCGCGACAUACGUGAGUUCGCGGAGAGAGUCGACGCGGAGUCGAUGCUCAUUGCAGCCAGGGCAGUAGAUGCUGACAUUCGCAAGUACGUUUCAACCCAGCUAUCACUGGAUCGUAAGCUAUCUCAAUUAGACGACGCCACGAAGCGACUGCUCGAAGACACGCUUUCACAAAAAGCGGAUGGAAUGUUCAGAUGGGCAUACUGUCAGCUGGAAGCGCUGAAAAGGCUCAAAUCCACCAAGCCGAAGUCUGUCGAGGCGGCUUUGUAUGCUCUGCCGAGGACUUUAGACGGGACAUACGAGCGCAUGUUAUGCGAUAUCCAGGACCAGGACCGUACAGAGGCGAUGGUGCUCCUCCGAUGGCUAGCCUACGCGCACUCACCCCUCAGCCUGGGCGAGCUCGUUGAGGCGACGAUUGUAGAUACGACCGCAAAGGGAGCCGUUGACUUUGACAACCGGGGCGGGUGGACCGACGUCUUGGAAGUACUGGCUGGGCUUGUGGUCACCGAUGAAGGCACUUUGUUGUCUGAGGCCCGUGACACCGAGAGCGAGAGCAUGAGUUCUGAACCUCUGGUGAAACGAGCCUCAAAGCACACCAAAGCUCGACUUGCACAUUUCUCGGUCAAGGAGUAUUUGGAAUCUCAACGUAUCCUGGCGAGCACAGCCAAGGAAUUCCAUCUCUUCCCCGCGAGAGAACACGACCUGCUCUCGGAAAGCUGCCUGGUGUACCUAACCCACUAUAGUGACAGUCCUGCAAAGGCCUCAACUGGAGAAGAUCAACACACAUUCCCCUUGCUGAAGUACGCUGCAUCGUCUUGCUACCGCAGCGAGGCACUCUUGUUGUUAUCCGAAUCUAGACGGCUGGACUGGCUUCUUGUGCAUAGGCCUGACUUCCCCUGGCUUGACCCUUUCCGCCGAAUACCUGACGUAGAUGACGCUGGUUCCUCGCUGUACUAUGCCAGUACAGUCGGGCUGCGGCCGGUUGCAGAAGCGCUGAUAGAGGCAGGGGUUGACGUUCACGCCAAAGGGGGCCGGUAUGGGAACGCGCUACAAGCAGCGUGUGAAAGGGGCGAUGCGAGCGUGGCUGAGCUACUCAUAACCUCAGGAGCGAACGUCAAUGCCAGGGGAGGGGAAUGGGGCACUGCGCUGCAGGCCGCCGCAUGGAAAGGCCAUGACCACGUGGUGAAGAUAUUGAUAAACGCGGGAGCCGACAUCGACACCGAAGCCAAGCCCUACGGCACCGGCCUGCAAGCAGCAUCAUGGAGAGGUCACCACAACGUAGUGCAAAUGCUUCUCGAUGCGGGUGCGCAGGUGAAUCUUCAAGCUGGCCGGUCCGGUAACGCCCUGCAAGCGGCAUCAGAGGAAGGCCACGAACAGGUGGUGCGGAUGCUGUUGGAAAGGGGGGCGCAUGUCAACGCUCGAGCGGUGGGUAACCCGCAGGCAGUGAGGAUGCUAAUCGAGGCGGGUGCACACAUGCGCAGCCGCGGAGACCUGAAUCUAGAUGCAUUGCUGUUGGCAUCAGAGACAGGACACCAUGACGUGGUGCAGGUUCUUGUAGACCAUGGUGCCGUAGACCAUGAUGCGUUGGUAACCUGUCUUGCCUUGCACCGGGCGGCUAAUCGCGGCCACAAGAAAGUGAUAGAGGUCCUCCUGGAUUCCGUCCCAGCGACUAGUAGUGACCCCUUACAAUGGACGUCGAUAUUGCGGAGUGUGCCGCGAUGGGCUUCUUUGGCUGUCAAAGCGCGGCUCACACAUGAGGGGUGA